CAGAAACUAUUUUAACAGUCAGAAGAGCACCAGGCUGCCCUCCUCUCCCUCAAAUUACUAACAGGAAUGGCCUCCAGCAGUGAGCUCCUGUCUGAGGAGCAGUUCCAGUGCUCCAUCUGCCGGGAGGUGUUCAGCAGCCCCGUCUCCACCCCCUGUGGGCACAGCUUCUGCAGGGCCUGCAUACAGGGCUACUGGCAGAGCAGGGAGGCGUGCCACUGCCCCCGAUGUGGGAAAAGAUUCAGUGGUCCGCCAGAGAUCGGCACAAACACAGUUUUAGAUGAGAUCUCCACACAAAUUAAGAGGAGGAGACUUGAGAGUUUCGAGCCCCACCAACCACACCCUGAGGAGGCGGGUUCGGACACGCCCGGAGGCGUGGCCUGUGACGUGUGCAUUGGCAGGAAGUGGAAGGCGGUGAAGUCCUGCCUGGUGUGUCUGACCUCGUACUGCCAGCCUCACCUGGAGCCUCACCUGAGAGUGGAGGGUCUGAAGAGGCACAAGCUGCUCCAGCCCCUCAGUAACCUGGAGGACAGAGUGUGCCGGAAGCACCUGAGACCCCUGGAGCUGUUCUGCAGGAGCGACCAGACGUGUGUGUGUGUGCUGUGCACUGACUCUGACCACAGGUCACAUGACACUGUCCCUGCAGAGAGGGCGUGGUCAGAGAAACAGGCUCAGCUGAAGAAGACGGAAGCAGACAUGCAGCAGAUGAUGCAGGACAGAUGGAGGAAGGUGGAGGAGAUCAGACAGUGUGUGGAGCUGAGCAGAAGCAGCACACAGAGAGAGAUGGAGGACAGCGUGUUGGUGUUCAGUACUCUGAAGCGCUCCAUUGAGAUUCGCCAGGCCAAACUGACUGAGGUGAUGGAGGAGAAGCAGAGAGCAGUAGAGAAACAUGCUGAAGGCCUCAUUAAAGACCUGGAGCAAGAACUCACUGAGCUACAGACCAGAAGCACUGAACUGGAGAAACUCUCACAAACUGAGGAUCAUCUCUACUUCCUACAGAGUUUCCCGUCUCUGUGUUCCCCUCCGAACACCAAGGACUGGUCUGGAGCUGGCGUUCACACUGAUGUGUGUGUGGGGACUGUGAGGAGAGCCAUGGAACAGCUGCAACACUCUCUCCAGAGAAGGCUGAAAGCUCUAACCAGCAGUGAGCUGCAGAGGAUUCGGAAGUACAGAGCUGAUAUCACCCUGGACAGUAACACAGCACACCCACGGCUCUACCUGUCAGAAGGUGGGAGGAGGGUGCGUCAUUCCCGAUCGACACAGGUGGAAGACAGUCGUGUGGAGAGGUUUGACUCCGCCCCUGUGGUCCUGGGUGGGCGGGGCUACCGCUCAGGGCGGCACUACUGGGAGGUGCAGGUGGGGACGAGGCACGAUUGGGGGCUGGGCGUGGCCAAAGCAGCGGUGUGCAGGAAGGGGGCGGUGACACUCAGCCCAGAGGCGGGGUUUUACGUGCUGUCCAUGAAGAGCCGUGAGUACAGGGCCCUAGCGGCCACGCCCGUACCCCUGGGCCUGCCCACCCGGCCUCGCACCGUCGGGGUGUACCUGGACUGUGAGGCUGGGCGCGUGUCCUUCUACGACGUGGAGGCCAGCAUUCACAUCUACUCUUUCAAAGGAAAGGCGUUCACAGAGAGACUUCACCCCUAUUUUUACAUAUUCAGCCACGGCAAGAAGUCUGAGCCUCUGCUGAUCCUCCCUCCAUCACAGCACAGAAUAUCUGCUGAUCCUCUAUCACAGCACAGAAUAUCUGCUGAUCCUCCAUCACAGCACAGAGUAUCUGCUGAUCCCCCAUCACAGCACACAACCUCUGCUGAUCCUCUAUCACAGCACACAACCUCUGCUGAUCCUCUAUCACAGCACACAGUCUCUGCUGAUCCUCUAUCACAGCACACAGUCACUGCUGAUCCUCUAUCACAGCACACAGUCUCUGCUGAUCCUCUAUCACAGCACACAGUCACUGCUGAUCCUCCAUCACAGCACACAACCUCUGCUGAUCCUCUAUCACAGCACAGAGUCUCUGCUUAUCCUCUAUCACAGCACACAGUCUCUGCUGAUCCUCUAUCACAGCACACAGUCACUGCUGAUCCUCCAUCACAGCACACAACCUCUGCUGAUCCUCUAUCACAGCACAGAGUCUCUGCUUAUCCUUCAUCACAGCACAGAGUCUCUGCAGUCUCUGCUGAUCCUCCAUCACAGCACAGAGUCUCUUCUGAUCCUCCAUCACAGAACAGAGUAUCUGCUGAUCCUCUAUCACAGCACAGAGUCUCUGCUGAUCCUCUAUCACAGCACACAGUCACUGCUGAUCCUCUAUCACAGCACAGAGUCUCUGCUGAUCCUCUAUCACAGCACAGAGUCUCUGCUGAUCCUCUAUCACAGCACACAGUCACUGCUGAUCCUCCAUCACAGCACACAACCUCUGCUGAUCCUCUAUCAUAGCACAGAGUCUCUGCUGAUCCUCUAUCACAGCACAGAGUCACUGCUGAUCCUCUAUCACAGCACACAACCUCUGCUGAUCCUCUAUCACAGCACAGAGUCACUGCUGAUCCUCUAUCACAGCACAGAGUCUCUGCUGAUCCUGUAUCACAGCACACAGUCUCUGCUGAUCCUCUAUCAAAGCACACAACCUCUGCUGAUCCUCCAUCCCAGCACAGAGUCAUUGCAGUCUCUGCUGAUGCUCUAUCACAGCACAGAGUUGUUUUAUAAAAGUCUUUCUAAUACAAGUGUUUCUCUGUCAUAGUAUGUGUGAUUUAGUAAAUAUGGCAGUCAGACUGCAUAUACCAAUAUUAAAAUGGAUUUUGUGACAUUGAAAAAAUAAAAAAAUGCAAGUAAACAGUAAA